GCAUUCGAAGCCAACGGUAUUCCAGCGGUAGCCAACAACGUCGAGGCUGUCAUAUAUAAAGCGCCGAGAGCGAAAAGCGCCCUGGACAGUAAAUUCGUUAAGAGUGGAUUGGAAGUCCGUGUUUUCCCGGACACCGCCACUUUUCCCCUGCGACUAUUUUCGCCUGUUCAGACUCUUAGUUCGCUCUACUUGUGUUGUUGCGGGACUUCGAGGGAAGCGUAUAUCACCGGGUGGAUUUCGCAUCGGCAUUCCAUCGACAAAGAUGACUCGCAUCACCAGCUCUCCGGUGGCAAUCGCCGUCGCUGCUGCAUUAUGGCUCAUCAACAUGGCGGGCAACACCGUCGCAGCCCCGACGGAGAUCAAGCUAGGAUUGAUCAUGCCCGGGGUGAAUAAUCCUGAUGGUGACGUGGCAAUUGCUCGUCGGACGGCCCAGGCUGCUGUCCAGUAUGCCAACAGCCUUACGGACCUCCUGCCAAACACCCAUAUCAAUCUUGUCUUGAAGGAUUCCCUCGUCACCACCGACAAAGCGGGGGCCAUAUAUGCCGCGGUCGAAGCAGUGAACGAGGGUGUCUUUGCAGUGAUUGGACCACAAUCAAGCAUCCAGGCUCCGUAUGCGGGCCUGAUCACAGCAUUCCACAAGAUUCCUCAAUGUGUCACCGAUGCCGGAACAGCCGAUCUAAACAAUCGGGUCGAAUAUCCGAAUGUGUUCCGUAUGCAGGUCUCCACGAGAGUCUUUGGCGCUCGGUUGAUUGACUUUGUCAAUGUGAUGGGAUGGAAGAAAAUUGCAUAUAUAUACAGUGCAGCUGCGGGGGGUAUUGGAACCACUUUCGGCCCGGGAAUCAUUACGGCCGUCCAGAAACAUGGCAUUGAAAUGCGAGUCAAUCAAGGAUUCAACGGCGACGGACAAAUGGGCGAUAUGGAGAGCUGUAUUCAGUCCAUCAUCGCUUCGAAAGUCAAAAUCAUCGUCGUCGCAGCCUAUGAGGAUGAGUUUACCCCCAUGUGGAUCAGAGCGCGCGAGCUUGGACUCACUGGCCCCGAUUAUGUGUGGGUCACUUCCAAUGGGAUCAUCGACUUUCCGUACGGCGAUUGGGGAAUGAGUGACUCGGUAGCUGGAAUCCUGGGAGAGGACGUUGCCAAUAAUGCGGGAGUUUUGAUGGAAGCCACCGCAGACCCAGAUUACACCACCGAAAUCUACGCUACUUUCAAGGCCCAAUACGCACUCGUUUCAAAAGCCGAAAAUGCGACGCGUGAUAUCGGGAGGGAAUAUAUCGCCAAUGACCGAUACUGGGAUUGUACGAUGGCGAUUCUCUGGGGAUACCACGACUAUUUCGCACGCACUGGCGACACUGCAGCAUCCUUGGUGCCUCCCCCUGGUAACAUAAGGGCUUCACCGCCGGCCGAUCUCACCAUCUUCAACACGAACAGGACUGGGCUGAGCGGGCCGUAUUACUUCCUGCCCAACGGGGAUUACGCUUACAAAACGAUCCAGAUCCUCCCCCAACUCUACGGCUCCAAGUACGCCGCCACAAUCUCCUACCCAACCGCCGUCGAAUUCGUCGGAGACACAGCCAAAGUCAACACCACCGGCCUCCUCUUCGCCGGCGGAUCCACGCAAAUCCCAACAGAUUUCCCUCCCUUAACCCAACUCAACCCAGCCUGGAAAUCAUCCGAAGGCUUGCUCUUCACGGUCCUCGCUGCCAUCCUCCUCGCCACCAACGUCGGGUCGAUGGCGGCGGUGUACACAUGCCGUAAUAAAUCCGUGAUCAAACGCGCGAGUUGGAAAUCGUUGGUGUUGAUUUUGGUUGGAUUGCUGCUUUUGGAUAUCACGCCGUUCUUGUAUACGGGGACUUUGAAGAAGUGGACUUGUGUCGCUCAGCCGUUUAUUUUCAAUAUUGGGUUUGGGCUCGUGUUUGCGAAUUUGAUGGCGAAGACUUGGCGUGUGUACAAGAUCUUCAACAAUCCCAAAAUGAUGGAACGGGCCAUCUCGGAUAUGUACCUCAUGGGCUUCGCUGGAUUAGUCGUCCUGGUCGAAAUCAUCAUCUCCGGCAUCUGGGUCGGCGUCAGCACGCCGGUCCCCACCACCAUCAACGUCAACGACCUCGAGACAGUGCAAGUCUGCGUGUCCCCUAACGCAAAAGUUCAGCGCACGAUGACGGUCGUCUCGAUUGUGUUCAACGGGAUCCUGCUCUUCCUGACCACCUUGCUCAGCUACAAGACCCGUCAUGUCGUGUCGACGUUCAAUGAGACAAAGUGGAUUGGGAUCUCGGUCUAUAACAUUGUGGCGGUUUGUGCUUUGUUUUUGCCGUUGGUUUAUACUACGACAUUCGCCAGCUUCGCCCACCUCCUUCGCUGCCUCGCCGUCCUCAUCGGCACUGCAGUAACCGAAUCCUGCGUCUACGGGCCCAAAUUCCUCAUCCUCCUCAACCCGAUCGACAAACCGCGCGCGCUCCAACAACGCGCCGUAACCGCCAACACCAGCUCCCGCAACAUGCUCUCCACCGGCAUCGGCGGUGCGGGGGGCAAAGUCGGCCCCACAACCAUCGGCGGCACCAAACUGAGCACCACCACCACCCAUAAAGAAGUCCGCAAAGUCGCGGGCGUCCAGCUGCACAACGUCCCCACCCUCCAGAUCUCCGGCGGGACGUCCAAGAUGCUCAACUGGAACUGGGUCGCACGCUGGCGCACGGCGAACGUUACUGCCGUCACGGGGUACCUCUGCGUGGACUACCCGCCUGAAAGCGAGGGCGGGAGUAGCAAGACAGAGGUCUAUCGCACCGAACACGCUAUCGUGCGCAAUAACGCCACCUCCCUCGACGGAACCGGGGCGUCGUCCACCGAUAACAUGAGCACGAGUAAACUGAGCACCGUCGAGGCCGCGGAGAAGGGGAAAGCGGACCCGGCCGCGUUGACGACGCUGAGAGUGGUGACCCAGGACGGGACGCUGGAGUUUGUGUUGAGUGAGGCGGCUGCGAAGGAGUUGGCCGCGUGCGUUGUGGGUGUCGCGGCGGGGACGAAACGGUUGAUUAGUGAGAGUGAUGCGAAGUCGAGGACGUCGAGGGUGGGGAAUACGGGCCGGUCGAUGGGCGGGGACGUGGAUAGUGAUUGAGGGUCCGCUACUGUCGCUGUGUUUUCCGUCGCCGUCCCCCCUCGCCCUCCUCGUGGAGUUCAGCCUCGGCCCAUGUCGCAGGGCAAGGAAAGACUUACGCCGGGUGUCGGGUCUCUUCACGCUUACCACGACGCAAGUGAUCGGUUCUGAAAAAAAAGCUAUCUGGAAUUUCCUAUUGGGGAAGCCCCGGUCCCGAGGUUACUUCCGCUCUCACAUGCGGGUGCCUUGGAUCCUUUAGAGCCCCUGAGAUUUGUCCCCGCUGUAUCGCUUUGUGUUUUGCGUUUUGGAGUUUUUUUAUUUUUGGAUCCGCUAGAAUGAGAAACUUAUCAUCGUCUAAUGUAGAUCGCAGUGUCUUAGUGGUGCGAUCGCAGUGGUUUAUAGGCGCAAUUCCAUGGCAUCU